UCGGGCUCGGCCGGCGGAGGCAGGAGCGGCGACUGCAGCCUGGCCCCGGCGGGGGGCAGCAUGGGCGGUGGCGGCCGCGCGGCGUGGCGGCGAUGAGCCAGGAGGAUCAUGGGCACGGCCGUCUCCAAGCGCCGCUCGCUCCGCAACGAGGCCGUGGCAUCGGUGGCGGCCAAAGUCAGAGCGGCAAGGGCCUUUGGAGAUUAUCUUUCCCAAAACCAUCCAGAAGGCAAAAAUGGUUCAGAUCACCUCUUGGCAGAGUCGUAUGUCGGACAGGAAGAUUCUCCAGAGAUUCAUGUGGGAGUUCAAAACAAGCGACGCCUCUCGCUCAUUUCUGACGGGAAGUUUCAGCCCAGCUUUCCGGAGGAAGCUGGCGAGAAGCUGGCGGGCGAGGGCCCCAAACCCCGAGUCUAUACCAUUUCCAGCGAGAGGCCUAUGCUCUCGCAGCACCAGAGUGAGAGCAUGGAGCUGGUGGUCAUCAAAGGGACAGAAGAGGAAGAUGAGGCAGAUGGGGACCACUCCCUAGGCCAGCCUCUCCACAACGCUGGUAGUUCUCACAACAUCAGCCGACAAUGCAAGGGCGGUUGGCCAAGUCACCAGCAGGACUCAAAAGAGUACCCCAGUUGUGCUCAGUUGGCCAUGUCAUCUCAGCACCCUUUUGAUCUAGAACAUCACCAUCACCAUCAUCAUCACCAGCACCACCACCACCACCACCAGAACCAAGCUGGCGAGACCGGCUGGCGCCGGAAGAAGCUGGAACGAAUGUAUAGCAUUGACCGUGUUUCCGAUGAGGUUCCCAUCAGGACCUGGUUCCCCAAAGAGAACCUUUUCACUUUCCAAACAGCUACAACCACUAUGCAAGCCAUUUCGGCAUUCAGGGGCUACGCCGAGAGGAAGCGUCGAAAGAGGGAGAAUGAUUCUGCAGCUCUGAUCCAGAGAAAUUUCCGGAAACACCUCCGUAUGGUGGGGAGCCGCCGCAUGAAGGCGCAAACUUUUGCUGAGCGGCAUGAGAGAAGUUUCAGCCGGUCCUGGAGCGAUCCAACUCCCAUUAAGCCUGAAAACCUCAAUGAUUCCCGAGAAAGCCAUGAAUUCCAGGAUUCCUUCUGCGCCCUUGACAAAGGGGUUGACUUGAACUGGGAGGCAGAGAAAGAGCUGGAAGCUGCUGCCUGCAGUGGGGAGGACUUCUUUCCCCCCAAAAUCAUGCUCAUUUCCUCAAAGGUGCCCAAAGCUGAGUACGUUCCAACAAUUAUCCGCCGUGACGACCCAUCUAUCAUCCCCAUUCUCUAUGAUCACGAGCAUGCCACCUUCGACGACAUUCUGGAGGAAAUUGAAAAGAAAUUGAACAUCUAUCGGAAGGGCUGCAAGAUUUGGAAAAUGUUGAUUUUUUGCCAGGGUGGCCCAGGCCAUUUAUACCUCCUGAAGAAUAAAGUUGCUACCUUUGCAAAAGUGGAGAAGGAAGAAGACAUGAUCUAUUUCUGGAAGCGGCUGGGCCAUCUGAUGAGCAAGCUGAACCCAGGUCCAAAUGUCAUCCACAUCAUGGGAUGUUAUGUCUUGGGGAAUCACAAUGGUGAGAAGCUAUUCCAAAACUUAAAGAAUCUGAUGAGCCCUUGUCGAGUGACCUUCGAAUCUCCACUUGAACUUUCUGCUCAAGGAAAAGAAAUGAUUGAGACUUAUUUUGACUUCCGUCUCUACCGUCUCUGGAAGACUCGCCAGCAUUCCAAGCUGCUGGAUUAUGAUGACAUUUUAUGAGAGCUGUCCGGCACUGGCCAGGAGGAAUUUCACGGGAAUCCCAAGCAGGCGAGCAUCGUACAGCGGGAGGUCUUUUUCACGGCUGCAAGGAGGCCAAGGGCAGUGGCCUGGAGGAGCUGAAGGAGGCGUUAGGGCGUCAAAGUUUGAAGAGGUCAGCCGACUCCUUGAGGGACAAUUCAUCAAGGUGGAUGGAGCACUGCAGAUUGGGGAAAGAUGGCGGAUCCUCAGGGACCGAGCUGGUUUAGGUUUCAAAGGGCCCAAUGCCAUUGCAGGUCCUUUUUAAAAGACUUUUGAAGCUCAGGUUUCCUACAGAGACUCAACCAAUCAUCUUGUUUAUCCCUAUUUCGCUUUCAUGCACAGACGUUCCUCUCUUUCGGAGGGCAAGAACCUUCCCUGUUCAGUCUUGUGUGCUUGGAGAUGAGAGAUCAAAACCUUUGAUGAGUUUGAAGACAGCCAGACCUUAAAAAAUCUCAUCCAUUUUGAUAAUGCGUGUAAACUCACACACCCCCCGCACAUACACAUAUACAGAAGUGCAAUUUUUUUUUCUUUUUACAAACAGGAUAUUUAAUCAGCUGUUGCCGUACCACACACAUCAAUAUCUGAUAGAUGAGAUAUUUUUGAGUCUGCUUGAGAAUAUAUUUGACAUAGUAAUAUAUCUUUAUAUAUCUGU